UAUCUUUUCAGAAUUGUAAAAAAUGCCCCCAAAGAGGAGAAAAAUGGACCCUUUUGACGUUAUUGACGAGUUUCAGCCAGACUCGGAGGAUUCUGAGGACAUGUCCUGCUUUAAGUUGUUGGAGGCUGGGAUGACUUUGAAGACAGUAGAUGACGGAGGACAGGAAGUACAAAUUCAUUUCGAGCGGGUGAGUGACCUCUCUGAUGAUCAUGACGAGGAAGAAGAGGAGGAGGUUGACCUUGAACAUAAUGAUGUAAAGGUUGAGAAUCUAAGAGAAACCAGUCCGCUUAGAACAAGUAUAGAGCCUGACCGUUUAAUUGAUAUACAAAAAUCCUCUCACGACGGAACCAUAGUUGUUAUUAAAUCCGAAGUACAAGCAGUUCAACAAGAGCACAUCUGCCCUAAAUCAAGCUGUGGAAUAAGAUUUUCAAGUAAAGCAGAAAUCCAUAAGCACGUCAACACAGUUCAUAUUAAAAAGUUUGAAGAGGAGACGGAGAAAACAUUGAUAAUAUCUGAAGAUCUUUAUUCUCCAACUAUAGAAUGUAUCAACUGUAAUUUCCAGUCAACCCAGCCUGAUGAGAUGGACUCGCAUGUACUCAACGUUCAUGUGAAGGAUUCCCCAGAUGAUAGAAGCAGCCAAGGUUGCAUCUAUGUCGAAAAUCUUGAAAACUCGAAACAAAUUUUUAAAUGUCCUUCCUGUGACAAACUCUUUGGAAAAAAGCAAAAUCUAGUGCGGCACAUCCGUGAGAACCAUUCCAGUGCUGCUAGCUACUCCUGUUCUAGUUGUACCUUUAAAACCAGCAGUUCAAACAUUUACAGGAAGCAUAUAGCAAAAUGUAUAAAGAUCAAUAGACACUAUGGUGAAAUGCAUCCUAGCAGUGAUUCAGUGUAUAGUGAAGCCAGUGUCAUCAAAGGAGUUAAUUACAAGUGUGUGUGUACCUGGUGCGAAUAUAAAUCUAAUAAAUACUCCCACGUCAAGAAGCAUAUAGAUAUAUAUCAUGAGUCUAAAUCCAAUUAUCCUUGCAAAGAAUGUGUUUUUGUUGGGAAGAAUGUUGAUGACUACGCCAAGCAUUUUAAUUCAUUUCAUCGGACGGAUGAUUACAAACACGCAUGCACCGAUUGCAGUUUCAAGUGCACCAACAGAGCUGACUUACGGGCGCAUUAUAUUGAAGUACAUAAGAAGCAGCGACUUUACGCCUGCAGGAAAUGCAAGUACAAGGCUCAGGAUGUGAUAACGAUCAAGAAACACAUUGCUAAAACUCAUUCAACUUUCAUAUUCAACUGCAAGGCGUGUAAUUUCUCAAGCAAUUUGAAGAAUGAAUUCAACAGACAUUGUUCAGAGGUGCAUGGUGAUUGUUUCCAGCUAGGUGAUAUGUUCGGUAGUCAGAUAGGACAGGAGAUGCAGGAGAUUGUUGAGCAGGUGACAGAUAUUGAAGAGGAGGAGGUCCCAGAAUCAGAAAUAAUGGAAGAACAAAUUUUCGAGGAACAAAUACUGGAGGAAGAACAUAUUCUCCAAGAUGAAAAUAUUCUUGAUCAUAAUCUUGGUGGAGAUGAGAUCGAAGAGACUGAAGAACUAAUUGAAGAGGAAGUUAUCUCAGAUUUCUACGAGGGUUCUGUUAUGCUUCUCUCAUAGCAUCUAGAUGACAAGCAGAUGUAAAAUUAAUAGGACAAAUUUCUGCAGCAAAAUGUCGGUUUAUUUAAUACAAUUCGAUUUUCUUUUCUGAAUGGUGCAAAUUGUGAAUAUAGUUAAUGCAACUCAAGACUCAUUUUUAAAACAAGAAAUCUUUUUGAGUAAUUCAAUUUUAAAAGUUAUGAAUAUGAGAAUACCAAUUAUGAUGAUUAUUGUUUAAUAAUUUGGGAUGCUUUGUUAUUUUGCUAAGAGGUUAAAAAAUAUAUUUUGUAGAAAGAUGGAUUUUAAAAAGUUUUUCAGAAAACAUCACUUUAAAGUCUGUUACUUCAGAUUUUAUUGAUGUUUUUCAAUAGAUAAAUAUUCAGUCUCGGAACAUGUUUAUUUUAGGGUAGCUGCUGGGGGCCGGGUGGGAGAGAAUGGACAAAAAAAAUUAAUCCAUUUAAAGUUCUUGUGAUUGAAAAUAAGUAUUUUUAGUAAAAAAUUAGCAUUAACAAGAAUUUAGUCCAAGUUUGUUAUAAAACUUGAAUUGAAUUUUAAUUUUGAGAUUUUUUUUAAUCAUUAUUGAACUGUUUAAAAUUUCAAAUUUCGUCCAUUAUAAAAUGUUUGUCUUUUCGUCUUCAUUGUUCUAUUCCAGUUGACCACCCUAAAUGUGUCUAAUGUCAGAAAGCAAGAUUAUAAUUGUAAUGGUUAUGGCUAAUCAAGGAAUAGGAAAACUAUAUACAGCACAUAUAUGAUGGUUUUAAGACGGAUUAAUUAUUCUUCUGCAAAGCAAAGGCCUGAUGUAUAAAAAUUCAUCAACAAAUUUCCAUCUCGUUAAAUAAUUCCUUUUUUUACUUUUAAUUCUUGGUAUUAAGACAUGAUUAUGAGGUUCCAUAAAAAUGAACUUUCUUCUUCAAGUGAUUGUAGAAUUGUUCUUUUCUUAUAAUCUCAGAGUAAAAAAGAAUAUUUAAAUAAGAUCAGAUAUGUAUGGCUAAGUUGUAAAACUAUUUUUCACAACAAGUAAAAAUUUAUUUAAAUGUUUGCGUAAUCAACAACAAGGGGAGGGGUGGUAUUCUUCUAAAGUAUAUAUAAUUGUGAUUCUAUUUUGUAUUAUUAAGAUGAAGGUAUUUUCAG